AUGUCUUCCACCACAGCUGCCGCCAGUACCAUCGCCCGAGGGGUGCAAAAACUGUUCGUGGGCAACCUACCGUGGACGGUCAGCACAAAGGAGCUGAAAACGUACUUCUCCAAGUACGGUCACGUCCAUUCGACCAACGUAAUCUAUGACAAGUCGACCGGCAUCAGUCGCGGCUACGGGUUCAUCGUGUUCAGUACGCGGGAGGGCUUCACCAAUGCCACCAACAACCGGUUGCACGUGCUCGAGGGACGUGUGCUGGACUUGCAACCUGCCUCUUCUUAAAAUUAAACAUAAAUUCUAGCUACAUAGCAAAGGGGGAAUGAUUCGUUUUAAAUAGUUACAGAGUCGAAUUCAUGAUUUCGUUGAAUAGAAACAUUAUUUAGCUGUAAUCCGU